UAGAGGUGGGGCAAUAGGAGGAGGCCAUCCUGGAAGACAGAAAUGAGGAAGAGUGGGCAGGACAGGGAUUGGGCCAGUAGGGGUUGGGGCCAGUAGGCUCCGCCCCUGCACUCCCCGUGACUGCUUUGGUCUGAACCAGGUGAGCAGGAACUCCUGAGACAGGCAAGGAGCAGGUUGGGAGGUCAUGCAAGGCGGGCUGUGUGCCUCGGAGUUGUUGCUGUGUUUCUGAGAAAAGCCUUCCCUUGCCCAUGGGCCUCCCAGACUGUGUUGGCUCCUGACAGAAAACUGGAAAUCUGAGUUAGUGAAUUAGAAGGCACUUGGGUGAGGAGGCACAUCUCGCAGACGUAGGGUGUAGAAAAGGUCAGGAGUGAUCCGGACCAGGCUUUUGUAAAACCUAGCAUAAGUAGUUGUCUUUGAGGCCCUGUUCAGUCGGUAAGCAGUUUGUCGCUCCAGCCAGAGAAUGGACUAACUGUAAGGGAAUCAGAAGACACAGGGCUCACAGGUGUGUCUUUUUGCAGGCGCCCCGGGAAGGGCCAUGGUGCCAAGCCAGUUUUGGGGGAAACUGAAGAAGCCAUUUCUCUUCCUGAGCAGCGCCUUCCUCCUCCUGGGCCUGGCUUUGCUGAGCAUACGGCCAGACAUCACCCCUGUUGCUUAUAUCUUUCUCAUCUUGGCUGGUUUCUUCUUGUUUGGGUGCCUCCUGGGUGCUUUUCUGGAAUGGCGCCUCCAAUCAAUGCAGAGAUCAAUGCAUUCACUUCAGACUGAGAGCCAAGGAACCUCAGGCAGUGGACGAGACAAUGCAGCUUUUGAAGUACCAUCCUAUGAAGAGGCAGUGGUGAGUUCAGAGUCACAGAACUGCCCCCAAGAAGUGGAUCAGCCACCACCUUACUGUAGUGUUGUAAUCCCCUCAGGACUGGAGGGGGAACAGGCUCCCCAACCUGAGAGGCCCAUGACAGGCAGACUGGAAAAUAGUGCGGGCUCUGAGGGGACCGUGACCCAGGGAGGAAACCAUGGAAGACCCCUUAUUAGCCUUCGGCUUCGGGGACCACGUGUUGCAUCCACUGCUCCUGAUCUGCAGAGCUUGAGAGGGCCCCCCAAAUUGGAGCCACUUACUCCACCCCCUACUUAUGAUGACUGCUUUGUUCAUCCUAAUGAUGAUAACGUUUUCUAUGAAGACAGCUGCACACGCUCCUAAGCAACUCUCUCAGGACU